AAGUGACACAAGAAAAUGUCUAAAAGAGGACGUGGUGGUUCCGCGGGAGCGAAGUUUCGCAUCUCACUGGGUCUCCCUGUGGGAGCUGUAAUCAAUUGUGCCGACAAUACAGGAGCAAAGAACCUGUAUGUGAUUGCGGUACAAGGUAUCAAGGGUCGUCUCAACAGACUGCCUGCAGCCGGAUCUGGGGACAUGAUCGUCGCCACUGUAAAGAAGGGCAAGCCUGAACUCAGGAAAAAGGUAAUGCCUGCAGUGGUAAUCCGGCAACGGAAACCAUUCAGAAGGAGGGACGGUGUGUUCAUAUACUUUGAAGACAACGCAGGCGUUAUAGUGAACAACAAAGGAGAGAUGAAAGGCUCCGCUAUCACAGGGCCCGUGGCGAAGGAGUGCGCGGAUCUUUGGCCGCGUAUUGCGUCUAAUGCCUCGUCUAUAGCUUGAAUAUAUAACGUUAAAAAGUAACCUGAGUUUUU